AGGGAGCUGCUACAGAGUUUGGUACAAUGUCUGGCCGGGGCAAGGGCGGCAAGGGGCUCGGCAAGGGCGGCGCCAAGCGCCACCGCAAGGUGCUGCGCGACAACAUCCAGGGCAUCACCAAGCCGGCCAUCCGCCGCCUGGCUCGGCGCGGCGGCGUCAAGCGCAUCUCGGGGCUGAUCUACGAGGAGACGCGCGGCGUGCUCAAGGUCUUCCUGGAGAACGUGAUCCGCGACGCCGUCACCUACACGGAGCACGCCAAGAGGAAGACGGUCACGGCCAUGGACGUGGUCUACGCCCUCAAGCGCCAGGGUCGCACUCUCUACGGCUUCGGCGGCUAAGUUUAAAAUAGUUAAAAUUCGUACUGUCAGAAACAAAAAGGCUCUUUUCAGAGCCACACACAGAUUUCACAAUUAGAGCUUGUAAUUACUCAAGGUAGUAGUGCAAGGAAAAAGAAGCCUCAGGAGUUCGGUAACAAUAUUUUGUACCUUUAACUAUUUGUUAUUGCAUUCG